UUUGCACCAUAACCGGUUUUGAGGAGGUGGUGAGGCGCGGCAGCGGAUGGGAACAUACAGCAACAGCAAGAGCAACAGCAGCAGCAGCAGCAGCAGCGCCAAACUCACAAUGCGCCCGGAGUGAAAAGAGGCAGGGAGACAAUACAGAUCCGCGGGCACGCUGAGGAGCUGCAAUCUCUCAUCUGGGCUCUCUUUUUCUUUUCCAAACCUCUUCCACGUUGGCAUUCCCCUCCUCCAGGGCCAAUUUAUUGAUUGAUUGAUUGAUUGAAAGGAAAUUGACUUCGCAACGAGGGCGAGUGGUGUGAUCUCCAAACUCAGCUAUGACGUCUCCGGCGAAAUUCCGAAAGGACAAGGAGAUAGUGGCCGAAUAUGAAACUCAAGUCAAAGAGAUCCGUGCCCAGCUGGUGGAACAGCUCAAGUGUCUAGACCAGCAGUGUGAGCUGAGGGUGCAGCUGCUUCAGGAUCUGCAGGACUUCUUCAGGAAGAAGGCAGAGAUUGAGAUGGACUACAGCCGCAACCUGGAGAAGUUGGCUGAGAGGUUCCUCACCAAGACACGCAGUACCAAGGAUCAUCUUCUCAAGAAGGAGCAGAGCAUAUUAUCUCCAGUGAACUGCUGGAACCUCUUGCUUCUUCAGGUGAAGAGGGAGAGCCGCGACCACGCCACUCUGUCCGACCUCUACCUCAACAACAUCAUUCCCCGCUUUGCACAGAUCAGCGAGGACUCAGGACGCCUCUUCAAGAAGAGCAAAGAGGUCGGUGUACAGCUGCAGGAGGACCUGAUGAAAGUUCUUAAUGAGCUUUAUACGGUGAUGAAGACGUACCACAUGUACAACACGGACAGCAUCAAUGCCGAGUCCAAGCUGAAGGAGGCGGAGAAGCAGGAGGAGAAGCAGAUGGGACGCUCCGGUCGACAGGACGAUCGUCAGACACCACGCUCCCCUGACACCCUGGCCAGCAUCAAGACCGAAGAGAAACCCGUCCGACGCUCCAGUGUCAAAAAAAUUGAAAAGAUGAAGGAGAAGAGACAAGCUAAGUACACAGAGAACAAGCUGAAGGCCAUCAAGGCCAGGAAUGAGUACCUGCUAGCUCUUGAGGCCACCAACAGCUGUGUCUUCAAAUAUUACAUCCACGACCUCUCUGACAUCAUUGAUUGCUGUGACCUGGGCUACCAUGCCAGCCUGCAUCGAGCCCUGAGGACCUACUUAUCUGCAGAACAGAACGUAGAGACCUCCAAACACACCGGCCUGGAGACUCUGGAGGGAGCCGCAGAGAGUCUGGAGCCCAAUGGGGACAAACAGAAACUGAUGGAGACCUAUAACAACGUCUUCUGCCCACCAGCUCGGUUUGACUUCCAGUCCCACAUGGGAGACACGAUGGGAUUGAUGUGUGCACAGCAGCCGCUGGAAGGUGACCUGCUCCAGAGGUGUCAGCAGCUGCAGUCCCGUCUCUCCACACUCAAGAUUGAGAAUGAAGAGGUGAAGAAGACCAUGGAGGCCACUCUGUCCACCAUCCAAGACAUGGUGACAGUGGAGGACUACGAUGUCUCCGAAUGCUUCCACCACAGCAACAGCAUGGAGUCGGUCAAGUCCACUUUCAGUGAAUCCUAUCUCAGCAAGCCCAGCCUGGCCAAGCGACGGGCUAAUCAGCAGGAGACGGAGCAGUUUUACUUCACGAAGCUGAAAGAGUUUCUGGAAGGCAGGAACCUGAUCACCAAACUGGAGGCCAAGCAUGACCUCAUCCAGAAGACCCUGGGAGAGAGUCAGAAGACUGACUGUUGCCUUGCCAGUGGACGGAGAAACUCGACAGUACGGAAGCAGGACUCGGGUGAGGCCAUUCCUCUGAUGGUCGAGAGCUGCAUCCGCUUCAUCAGUCGCCAUGGUCUUCAGCAUGAGGGCAUCUUCAGAGUGUCAGGCUCUCAGGUGGAAGUCAAUGACAUCAAGAAUGCCUUUGAGAGAGGUGAGGACCCGCUGGCAGGGGACCAGAAUGACCACGACAUGGACUCCAUUGCUGGUGUCCUGAAGCUCUACUUUAGAGGACUGGAUCACGCCCUCUUCCCUAAAGAAGUCUUCCAUGACCUCAUAUCCUGUGUCUCGAUGGAGAGCCUCCAGGAGCGGGCAGUCCACAUUAAGAAAGUUCUGCAAUCUCUGCCGAGCAAAACUCUCAUCAUUAUGAGAUACCUGUUCGCCUUCCUCAACCACCUGUCUCAGUACAGCGAGGAGAACAUGAUGGACCCCUACAACCUGGCCAUCUGUUUCGGUCCCACCCUGAUGUCUGUCCCAGAGGGACACGACCAGGUCUCUUGCCAGGCUCACGUCAACGAACUCAUUAAAACGAUCAUCAUCCACCAUGACACCAUCUUCCCCGGACCACAGGACCUGCAGGGCCCCAUCUACACCAUCCCUGGAACUGGGGAUGACUUCUGUGACAGUCCGCACUGUGAGCCCCCCCUUGUGGAAGAGCCUGCGCCUGACACCGUCUCUGUCAGCCACAACAGCGAAGAUGGCUCCUUGGCUGUUUCAGAGUCCGACCCAAUCGAAGCCAUUGCUCGGUUCGACUACUCCGGACGGACAAGUCGGGAGCUGUCAUUCAAAAAGGGUGCCUCUCUGCUUCUGUACCAGCGAGCCUCUGACGACUGGUGGGAGGGACGACACAAUGGAGUGGAUGGACUGGUGCCACACCAGUAUAUUGUGGUCCAAGACACGUCUGAUGCGGGUAGGGGUAGUCCAAAGCCUGAUGUUGACUCCAGGGAUCUGCUGGAGGAGAGGGUCUCCACUAGAGGCAGUGCCGCCUCCCCUACUGGAGCUCAUGUGGCUGACAUCUACCUGGCCAACCUGAACAAGUUAAGGAAACGUCCAGAGUCUGGGAGCAUCCGAAGAACGUUCCGGAGCUCAGAGAGCGACGGUACCAGUCCAGGAGCCAGCGGAGGAGGAGGGGUGAGAACAGCUUCUCUUCCUGUCGGGGGGGCUCUGGUGAAAGAAACUGGAGACAAACGACCCGUCAGUGCUCAUAGCAUCCUCAACUCAGUCACCCGCCACUCCUCUCUCAAGACCAAGGUAGAGAGUCCGCAGUUAAGGAAGACGACUACAGCAGGGCGCUCUAAGAGCUUCAGUAACCACAGACCACUGGACCCAGAGGUCAUCGCCCAGGUGGAGCACAGCUCACAGGACAUCGAGGCAGCAAUGAGCUCUGCCCUAGGUGAGCUUAGUAAGUCAGAGAGACAGAGCACCUCCAAACAUACACACACCCCUGAUGUGGUCCUGGACACACUGGAGCAGCUGAAAGGUGUGGGUGGCGGUGGAGGAGGAGGAGCAUCAGAGCCCUCCAGUCCACUCCACUCCCGUCUAUUGCGGGACAGUGAGGGGGGCUCGUCACAUACUCACCCACUACAGCGCAGCGCUUCCUCUGCUAGCGAUGUACCCUCCUCCUUCCGCCCCGCCAAGAGCCAGCCGCGGAGCCCCCUGCCCUCUGCCACAUCCCCCUCCCUGUCCUCCUCCUCCCUCUCCUCUUCUGUACCUUCCUUUAGAGAGCUGCGCCCCCCGGCAACAAGACCCAAGCCUGUGGUGUUCCCAAAGAGCGGAGGAGGGGGUGGCAGCCCAGCAAUGGGCUCCCCAACCUCCACUGUUCCCCCUACACCUCCACCUCCACCUGCAGGCCACACACACUCUCUCCCUCACACUCCUCCUCCUCCACCUCCACCCCAGCCUAACGACAAAUCCUGCCCGGCUUAAUUCCCCCUCAAUCUGAACCACAAUACUGAUCCUUACAAACUUUUCUACCAGGUGCCAGAAGCACUUCAUUUGUUUCACAUAAGAGCCCUAACCCACUACUCAUGUGUAGCAUUCACUUCCUGGUGUCCAGGCGAGUUAUUAAGACGCCAUGUUCCCUUUAGAGUUUUUCCUGCCCUCUACUGGCAGUUUUUAACUGUCACAAGGUGUAGGUUAGUGAACACCCUUCAGAGACACUUCUUUUUCUUCGCCACCACUGAGAUUCCAGUGAUCACUGGAUUUUAAAAUCUUUUACAAGGGAACAGGACUCAGGAUGGACACCGACAGGCCUACAGCACCUGGAGCUUACAUACACUAGUUUGUGAUGUUUGAAAUUGUGUUUGAGUGGGCGUGCAAGAGUGUUACUUGCCUUUACACACAGAUCUAUGUGAGGAACAAAAAGCACUGUUUGAUUUUGUAUAGUAGACAUGACAGUUUCUUUUUUCCUUUUUAAUGACCCCAUGACUAGCAGACUGGAAAGGAGUGUUUGAUUCCCUAAGAAUAGACUGUGAAAUGCUAAGCUCUCGCUCUGUGCAGAAAUUAAACACACUGACUUGCUGCUCCAGAAGUGGAAGAUAUAAAGGUAGACGUUUUGGAUGAUGAAAGGAAAGAAAACUGGGCCAAAUAUCAGUGUAAAUCAUGUGAUCAAGAGUUUUAUUUUAUCUCUUCCUACAGUGUUUGAUAUGUUGGUGAUAAGAGGAGCAGUCUCAUCCAAUAUACUUCACAUGGCCAAAAGUAAUUCUAAAUACAUAUAUAGCAAUAAAAAAUAAUGAAAGCUGGUAGUGUGAAGCAUUCUGCUGCUUCUCUCCUGCAGCUCUAUUAUGUGUGUAGGGGACCACUGAAACCCAGCAUUUUUAUAUGUAAUGUUGGACUGUACACACACACACACACACACGUUUUCCAAAUCUGUGUGUGGUGGUGUUUUGUGGCAGCUAAAAGCCUUUCAGGUUUACCUUGCAUGCUGGGGCCACAGACAGCAGCUACAAUGGCAAGCUGGCUGAUUGCAUCAGUUUAUGUAUCUGCAGUACCCGCUAUACAUCAACUUCAAACAAAGCUACAGCUUGCUCCUUUAAAUAUAUACUUAAAACUUAACAGUAAAAAGGGGGUUUUAUUAUUCUAAUGGUGUGUAUGUAUGUUUAUUAAUCAUGAUAACUGGAAGCAUGGAGCUGAGGAUCCUCCUGAGUGUGUUUUAAAUAGAAGCACAACCAACCACCUCAUCCAAUGCGCUCUUAAGCAAAGUUUGCUUUAUUACUUUUUUCCCCAGGUGUUUAUUAAUGCUCAGAAUCUGUUAUGGUAAAAUGUGGAACUGUGUAGCAGUCUGGGUGUGUGUGUGUGUGUGUGUGUGUGUGUGUGCGUGCGUGUGUGUGUGUGUGUGUGCACGCGCCUGUUCUGAUCAUGUGUGGAUGUAGAGUAUGUAUGCGCCUCACCCCACCCUUGCCCACUCAUCAUAAAGGGAUGCCACCCAACAGCAACAGCUGUCUGCAGACACACAGGAAGUGUUCUGGAGUACCACCCGCCUGAAUAAAUAUGCACUCUGUACAUGCGAUUGGGUAAAAAGCCUGCAGGGAUACAUGAAAUGUUGCCCUCAGUCACUGCUGUAACACCAGUGGCAGACCAGCUCCAAGUACAAAGAAGAAGAAGGAACCCAAAUCCAAGGACUUAAACUUUUCUUUCUUCUGAUAUUAUUUUAUAAAAUGUAUCUUUGCAAAAUUUGAUCUGAUGAUGAAUUGUGGAAUAAGUGAAUAAUUUUUCAAAUAUGGACUUCAAAUGUGGAGAUAUGUAAUUCAGGAUAAACUGAAUAAAGACUUUUUCACUGUAUUUCACUUUCUUGAGAAAGUAACUAAUUUUACCCCGGUGUCCUCAUAUUCCCUUCUAUCACACCUUUCCCCUUCUCCACAACUGUUUCCCCAAAAGUACAACACGUACUGUCCUCAUAUAUUCUCUUUACCCAGUAAUGCAUUAGAAUUUUUAAGGUUUUCGUUUUAAUUUCUGUAUACUGUUUGUGUAUUUUAUGUUGCUCUUACCUCAUCAUGACAACUGGAGGGACUGUGACUGUGUGAGUGUUUGUGGUGAGAGAUUAACUCACCUUACCAACACGCACACUCUCGCACAUACGGACAUGCAUGUGGGUGGUUGGUGUGUGUUGUCUUGGCUGUGCUGUCAAGAGGAGCUCGGACCCUCUGCGAUCUCAAAUCAAUCAUCAUGCACUUGAACAACUUGGCUUGCGUGUGGACUAACUGUGUGGGGAUGAUUUGUCAGAACUGAGUAUUGUUAAAUAUGCAUUUUUGUGUCCAUUUGAAAACUGAACUAAAAAAAAGACUGUAAUGUCAAAUCUAUUUAUAGUUGUCUCUGUAUUACUGGAGAAUCCUGUGUUCAGAUGUACUUUGUAUAUACAAUGUUGUACAUUACAGAGGUACACUCUUUUUUUGGUACAAUAUUGUACAGUAAUAGCAAUAGUAGUUUAAUCAAAUAGGCCUUAUAUAAU